AGCCUUCUGCUGCCGCCUCUCCCGGAAGAUGGCGGCGCCUGAGCCACCGCUGCCCGGGCCCAGGGCGUGCCCCGGCCCUGCGUCGCUGUCCCCGCCGCGGGGCGACCGCACGCUGCUGGUGAGGCACCUGCCGGCCGAGCUGAGCGCUGAGGAAAAGGAGGACCUGCUCAAGUACUUCGGGGCGCAGUCGGUGCGCGUGCUGUCGGACCAGGGCCGACUGAAACAUACAGCAUUUGCUACUUUCCCUAAUGAAAAAGCAGCUAUAAAGGCAUUGACAAGACUCCAUCAGCUGAAACUGUUAGGUCAUACUUUAGUUGUUGAAUUUGCAAAAGAGCAAGAUCGCGUUCAUUCCCCAUGUCCUACUUCAGGCUCCGAAAAAAAGAAAAGGUCUGAUGACCCUGCAGAAGAUGAUAAAGAAAAGAAAGAACUUGGUUGUGUAACAAUAGAAAAUGGAAUUGCACCAAACCAUGGGCUGACUUUUCCUCUAAAUUCAUGCCUCAAGUAUAUGUACCCACCACCUUCUAGCACAAUCCUAGCAAAUAUAGUAAAUGCUUUAGCAAGUGUGCCUAAGUUCUAUGUACAGGUACUUCAUCUUAUGAAUAAAAUGAAUUUGCCCACACCUUUUGGACCGAUUACUGCACGACCUCCUAUGUAUGAAGACUAUAUGCUGUUGCACGCACCUCUUCCACCCACAUCUCCUCAGCCACCAGAGGACCCCCCUUUGCCAGAUGAGGAUGAGGAAUUAUCUAGUAAAGAAUCUGAAUAUGAAAGCAGUGAUGACGAAGACCGACAGAGAAUGAACAAACUAAUGGAGCUAGCAAAUCUGCAGCCCAAAAGACCAAAAACAGUAAAGCUGCGCCACAUGAGAAAAAGACGAAAAAUAAAGGAUAUGUUGAAUACACCACCUGCUUCACACAGCAAUUUACAUCCAGUGCUGCUACCUUCAGAUGUAUUUGACCAACCACAACCUGUGGGUAAUAAAAAAAUUGAAUUCCACAUAUCUACUGACAUGUCGACUGCCUUUAAGAAAGAUUCCGAGAAAGAACAAAAUUUUGAGGAAAAAAAUUGUGAUUUGCCCACUGCUGAAGUUGAUGCAUCCAGUAUUGGAUUUGGAAAAAUCUUCCCAAAACCUAAUUUGAACUUCACAGAAGAGAUUAAAGAGGACUCUGAUGAAAUGCCAUCAGAAUGUAUUUCUAGAAGGGAACUGGAAAAGGGCAGAAUUUCUAGAGAAGAAAUGGAAACACUUUCAGUUUUCAGAAGUUAUGAACCUGGUGAACCAAACUGUAGAAUUUAUGUAAAGAAUUUAGCUAAACAUGUUCAAGAAAAGGACCUUAAAUUUAUUUUUGGAAGAUACGUUGACUUUUCAUCAGAAACACAGCGGAUCAUGUUUGACAUACGCUUGAUGAAAGAAGGUCGCAUGAAGGGACAAGCUUUCAUUGGCCUUCCAAAUGAAAAAGCAGCAACAAAAGCCUUAAAGGAAGCUAAUGGAUUUAUUCUUUACGGAAAACCCAUGGUGGUUCAAUUUGCUCGAUCUGCUAGACCAAAGCAGGAUUCUAAAGAAGGAAAAAGAAAAUGUUAAAAAUUAAUAAAGAAGCAUUCCUGCGUAAAUACUGCUGUAAUACUGUCAUGCAAAGUGUAUCCUUUCUUGUCGUAUCCUUUUUGGGGCAGUGUUUUUGUUUUUGUUUUUUCUAGAAAUGUUUGUCCCUCCACCUCUUGAUCCAUAUUAAGCAGUUCUUUUUUACACUUUAUUCAAAGGAAAUACUUCUAAGUUAUUUAUGUAGAUUGAGCAAAUCGCUUAUGUGUUUUUUAGAUUUGUUGUUCAGUUCCUUAGGUUUUAUAUCUUUUCCAGGGAAAGUUAGUGAAUCAGGUCAACUUACUUGAAAAGUGUAUGCAUUUGCUUUAACACAGAAUGUCAUCUUAUUGUUGUACUUGUGCAUUUCCUAAACCUAGUACAGUAACAUAUGCUUUCUGUUUAUGAUAUACCUGGUCUAGGUGUUUUAUGUAGCAUGUUGUAAAAUUUGAUUGUGGAAAGGAAUUGUUUUUUCUCUUAAGAAGACCAUAUGUUGAAAAUUAAAAUUAAAAUAACUGACUUUCUAUGUAAAUUUUAAAUAACAAUUGACAGACCUCAUAUGUGAGGUCAUAUUAUUGAAAUUUCCUUUGACAUAGAAGCAAGUAGAAAAACCCUUUUUUCUUUUUCCAAACAAAGAAAGGAGAAGAAAAGAGUAACAGAGGGGAGAAGACAUAGUGUUGACUCAGGAUAGCACAUUAAGUGAAACAAUUUUGGUUAGGUAUAUAAGAACAGAGGUUUACAGAAUGGUUGAUGAUCAGAAUCACCCAGAACAGUGGCUGUCAGUCUUGGCUGCACACUGAAAUGAUCUGGGAAUUUAAAAAAAAAAAUACUGAGUUUAAAAAAACCAACUUUGACAAAUAUAUUGAGAUUGGUUCCCUCAGAAUUUUGAUUUAAUGUGUUUGAAGUACAAUAUGGAUGUAGGAAUUUUGUAAGCCUCUCGAGGUGAUUGUAAUAGGCAUCCAAGGUUGAGAACCACCAAAAGGGGAUUUUUAUGCUUAAAGAUUCCUAGACUGUAUCUUAAAACUAAUACAUUAGAAUCUCUGGGUAUGGGGUCUGAGAAUCUAAUACGAAAAAGUUUGCUUAGUAAUUCUAAGGACUAACCAGUUAGGUUUCUCCUUUGUUAGAGUACAAUGGUUAGUCUCCUAAUACCAGUGUAGACAUCCGACCUCGUAGAAGUAGGAAAAUAAAGGGUUGAAGCCUCUAGAGUUCUUUGGUGGAUUCUACUAUUAGUUCUAAGAAAGCAACCCAACCCUGUUAAUAAUUAUUACCACCACAAAAGUACAAAAAGCUAUACAUAUUGAAAUUAUAAUUGUUAUUUUUGUGUAGACACAAUUAAAAUGUUUAUGUUUUAAAUCACAGUUUUUGUAUAAACUGUUCAUUUAGAUAAUUAACUUUUGUUGUACUGACAUGAUUCACUAAUUUUCUAAAUAUAAAAGUCUUAGCUUUUAGUUAUUUUUUAAGCUAAUGAACUGUUUGAUAAUUAUGGUUAUUUUUAAUGAACUUUUGUGAUGUUUUAGGUUCCCUUUUGAAUUCCAUGUGUUUCAAGUGCUUUCCAACUUUGAGAGGAAGAAAUUGACUGCCUGGACUAUGGAACUGUGCGUAACAGCUUUAAAAAUGUAUUUAAAAAUUAUAUCUAUAUGCAUUUAAAUCAGAUAAUUAGAACUAUAUUACAUGUAUUUUAAUGACUUUUCGCAAAUAUAAUAAAUUAUUUUCUUUCCACUAAAA